ACACAGACUUUAACCUCAUAUCUUACUCUAGACACAUUAAACAUUAAAUACUCCUGACUGUUUAGUAACAUGGCUAAAUAUGAGGAAGUUAGUGUUCAUGGUUAUGAAGAAUUUUCCAAAGCUGUAGAUGAGAGAAAAGGAAAAGAUGUUUUUGUUUAUUUCAGUGGUGACAAAGAUAAGCAAGGGAAAAGCUGGUGUCCAGACUGUGUGAAAGCUGAACCUGUGGUUCGAGGGGAAAUGGCUCAUCUUCCCGAAGGCUCCGUUUUCAUUUACUGCCAAGUGGGAGACCGGCCAUACUGGAAAGAUCCAAGCAACGAUUUUAAGAAGACUCUAAAACUGACUGGAGUUCCUACUCUCCUACGCUACGGCACACCGCAGAAGCUGGUGGAGGAGCAGUGUUUCAGCGCGGACCUGGUGCGCAUGAUGUUCACAGAAGAUUAACGCCUCUUGCUGAUGUUUUUGACGCAUAAUGACAACAUUUUUUUUAUGUUUUGCUUCAGUACGAUCAGAUAUAUAAAGACAUUGUGUUCACUGUGAGGUGAAGGGUAACGUCUCAUUCUGUAUCUCGAGUCUGUCUCUAAAAGCUUUGAUUGGUUUGGAAAAGGUCGCUUGUGCUCACAAAAUCACAAGCACAGACAAAAUAUUCCAUUUAUUUAUUAGUGAGAAAUGUGAAAUCAUUUGCAACCAUAGAAUGUCAUUUGUACUCGUGCACAAAAUAAAAUGCUUGUGAACUUA